GGCCCCGCCCUCGUACAGGAGCCAAUCCUGAGUAGCCCACGAGACAGAACCCGGAAGCGAGGUUCGCGGCGGAGAUUUUCCGACUCCGAGAUCUUGAUGAAUAAAAUAAAGCAGACAUAAUCAUCUCUGGAGAGAUUAUUUAUAUCCUGGUGUUUGAAAUGAUUUAUAUUUAAAAUAGUAGUAAAAAUGGAAAAAGAGAAAGUAAAUCAUGAAAAACCAGACCCAGAGAACUCCUUGGACUUUUCUGAACACUUCAACCAACUUGAACUGUUGGAAACACAUGGACACCUUAUUCCCACUGGUACCCAAAGUCUCUGGGUAGGGAAUUCUGAUGAAGAUGAGGAGCAAGAUGAAGAAACUGAAGAGUGGUAUCAACUGCAAGAAAAAAAAAUGGAAAAAGAUCCAAGCAAAUUGCUUCUUUGGGCUGCUGAAAAAAAUCGGCUGAGCACAGUGAGGAGACUGCUUUCAGAGGGGGCUUCCCACGUGAACACUCAAGAUGAAGACAAUUACACACCACUCCACCGAGCAGCCUACAGCGGGCACUUGGAUGUGGUCCGAGAGCUGAUUGCACACGGGGCAGAUGUCCACGCGGUGACCGUGGAUGGCUGGACACCCCUGCACAGUGCCUGUAAGUGGAAUAAUGCCAGAGUGGCUUCUUUCUUACUGCAGCAUGAUGCAGAUAUCAACGCCCAAACAAAAGGCCUCCUGACCCCCCUACACCUUGCCGCUGGGAACGGAGACAGCAAAGAUACCCUGGAGCUCCUCCUGAUGAACCGCUACAUCAAGCCAGGUCUGAAGAACAGCCUGGAGGAAACGGCACUUGACAUUGCCAGGAGGACCGUGCUUCAUGGCCUGCGGGCCUUCGUUCCCCAGUCAGGAAUCCAGCCCACACUGCUCACAUUGGAAGUGCACAGUCUUACUAACCAGUGGACCGCCAGGAAGUCCCAACAAAGUGAUUUGAUACUCUUCUUAGUAUUUUCUGACUCCUCAGUCCACAGAUGACGUGCGCUAAUCAUGCUUUUCACUACUCAGUGGACCCUUGAACACACAUUUGUAUCGUGCAGGUCCAUUUAUAAGCAGUACUACACAACCUGUGCUGGAGAAGGAAAUGGCAACCCACUCCAGUAUUCUUACCUGGAAAAUUUCAUGGAAAGAGGAGCCUGGUGGACUACAGUGCAUGGGUUGGCAAAGAGUUGGACACAAUUGAGCACGCAUGCCUACAUGCACACAACCUGUGCAGUGGUUAAAUCUGUGGGUGCAGAACCACAGAUACAGUUACAGUGAGAAAGUUCAAUUUUCAGUUAUGCAGAGGGUCAGCACCCCAAUCCUUGUGUUUAAGGGUCAACUCCUUAUUACCUGUGUUUACCAGUUGCCUUUAAGAAGACUAAAUAAAUCCAUGUGCAAACAAAAUUUUCGUUAGUCUUACAGAAUUUAUCUCAAGAACUUUUUAAAAAAUAAAAUCUGUUUUGCAUAUAACAAGGCUUAACUGUAACUAUGUGCUUAAGAAAGAGGUGACUUUGUCAUUGUUCAAGGGACAGUGACCCACAAUGAAAUUAGUUAACUUUUCUUUUAUAAAUCUUAAAUGUGCUUCUCCAGGGCCCAAACAUUUGUUCUGGCUCACAACUUAAAACAGUGAAAGGAUUUAGCAUUUUUAUACUAUGGACGUGAAAGCAUCCAUUUGUGUCUAUUCAUUGGCAUCUAUUAUUGCAUUUACCACUAUGCUAGAAGAUCAUGAUCAAAAGAGGCCCAGAGGAGGGGCAAAAAAAAAAAAAAAAAAAAAAAGAGGCUCAGAGAAGUAAAACUUGGUCUAAUACUUAGGUCCCAUACCAAAAUGAAAUUACAUCAGUUCUCCAUUCCUGAUGAAAACAUGUGCCAUCUUCACCCUACCCGAAAUGACUCAAGGAAUUUACAGCACUGCUUUGACUAAGGGAGGUACCAAACAUGAUCACAAAAUCAUUGAUAAUGGUUUACUUCAUUAGUUACCGUGGGAUGCUCUAGUCCCUCUGUAAGUUCAUAGGAUGACCAUUCAACUUGUGUAAGACAGAGUGCUUUCUCUAGAGGGAAUUAAAGGUCCAUGUUUAUUAAGUUCAGAAGACAGUAAACAGAAGGAUUGAGUGUAGCAUUUUGAUGUUUUAAAUUCCUAAAAAUUUCCCUUUGGAAUCCUACAAUUUCACUUCUGGGAACCUAAGUGGAAAUGAUCAAAAUCCGUGCUACUGUAUAGAAACAUAUUGUGAGCCACAUAGGUGAUUUUAAGUUUUUUUUUCUAGUGGCUGCAUUAAAACACAAAUGGGUGUAAUUAAUUUUAAUAACCCACAUCAUCUAACCUGAUACAUCCAAAGCGUUCAUUCAAGUAUGAUACAAAUAUUUUAAAAUUAUUGAGACAUUUUACUUUUUUAUAGUACAUCUUCAAAAUGCAUUGUGUAUUUUAUGUUGUUGUUCAGUCAGUAAGUCAUGUCUGACUUUUUGUGACCCCAUGAACUGCAGCAUUCCAGGCUCCUCUGUCCUCCACUAUCUCUCUGAGUUUGCCUAAAUUUGUGUCUACUGAGUCACAGAGGCUAUCUAAUCAUCUCAUCCUCUGCCCAAGAAAAUACCUGUCAUUGCUUCUAGUGUAUUUUAUGGCACAUCUUAAUUCAGAUGAGCCACAUUUGACUAGUGGCUACUUUGUUCAGCACAGGUCAAGAUGCCUGAAACUUUCCCUGGAGGCAAAGCAGAAGGCUAAGAGGAGGAGCAGGAAAUUUUGAGUCAGGUAAAUCUGUGUCCAAAUCAUGAUUGCCUUUUGGCAAAUGAGCUAUUUUCUUACAUGUAAUAUGCAGAUAGUAUCUAUCUUGUUACAGUUUUGUGAGGAAUAAAUGAGAUGUAACAUAGAUAAGGUAUUUCCUUUCCCCAACAUUUCAAGCAGGACUGCCCUUUUUAUUUUAGGUAUUUGGAUCCUUGAAGAUUCCAAAGUUCUCCCUUGGUAAUCCUAUAGUUCUUUCUCAUGACUUUAGUAGGAUAUUCAACAAAGAGCUUCUUUUAAGAAUCCAAACAAAAUGCCUUCCUGUCUUCAAAGGCCCUUGCCAGGUGUCAAGGUCUCCAACAGAAGAAAAACUUCAAGGAAUAAGAAAAGGCAAAAGAACUUCAACAGCUAAUUCAAUUUUCGAUUAUGCAGAGGGUCAGCACCCCAGUCCUUGUGUUUAAGGGUCAACUCCGUAUUACCUAGCUAAUUACAGCUAAUUACAAGGACUUGAAGGAAAUGAGAUUCUAAGAGAGAAUCCGUUUCCAUGGUGGACCCAGAGCCUUGAAGCUCAGAGUACUUUACUGCUCAUUCCAUAUGUGGGACUUUUUGGUACUUACCAAAUGAGCGAUUUUAAAUUGAUGCCAUUUUCCCUUUUCAUGAUGGGUCUUAUUAAUGCUGAGCAAAUGGAAUAAAAACACUCAUAUUUGGUUUAUCACUUUAAUUAUUCAGUCAACCCUCAGGAACAUCUAAUAGUCCUCACCAUGAAUUGAAUGACAUAGCCCCAUCUGCCAGUGGAUCUCAGAAAAGCAGAAAUUUGUAGGCUCGAAAAUGUGUUUAAUGAAAGAAAUGGCUUAUGAAAUCUAAAAGCAAACUAGUACCUAACUUGUUUCCUUGUUUCCAUGUCUGUUAUAACAUGUUCAGCAUUUUGUCUCUGCUAGACAGUGCUUGGAAGUUAGGAGAACAUCACUGGAGAAUUAAUGUGCGUUCAUAAGCACUGACUCCUGAGUGGUCAUUGGAAUUCCUUUUUCAGACACAGCUGUCUUAAACAAGGCAAUUUUUAGCAAUAAAAAGCAAGUGAGAAUGUGAGCCUGCCUUUAUUAGAAAAUCAGGUGUCUCUCAGGUUUUUAUAAACCCAAAUAAAAUAACUCAUACAGAAGAUGUAUCCUGAUUGAAGGGACCAAAUCUAGGAGCAAGAAAUAGUCCUUCAUGACACAUACUAGAAAAAGCACUAGAGUUCAGAUUUGCUUCUCUGUUCUUUGAAUAUUUCUUAUUUGAAGAUACGCAUGACUUUCAAAAAGAAUCAAAAGGAAGAAAAGGGUAUUAAGAUGGAUCCUUUCAUCCAUGCUUUUGAUUUUAGUCUGCAGCUUGAACAAUGAGGUUUUGGAGUCCAUACAGAAAGGUAAUUGUGUGUCAUGGUUCUUCACUCUAUUGACAUUGGGGCCAAAUAAUUCUGUGUAUUCAAAUUCUGUGUAUUCAAAUAAUAUGCCGGAGCAACCUGUGUAUUAGUUGAUGCAGCAUUCCUGGCCUCUACUCGCUAGAUGUCCCUCCCACCCCACCACCCAGUUGUGGCCACCAAAAUUGUCUCCAGACAUUGCCAAGUGUUUCCUGCUGUAUGUCAUCAGAAGUCCUUAAGGCAGGAGAUUUCAGAAUCUGGCUAGCCACAGAGUUGUUUUAUUAUCAUUCAAGUAAAUUUUAUUUAAAUUCAUGUUUUUCUUAGAUUUUGCUAGGCAUUCCAAAUAUUCAUCAAUGGACACUCAAAAAUUAUAUAAUCAUUGAUUCUGCUUAAAAUCUUUGGUAUUUUGUUGAGAUCAUUCAAACAUAUUCAAAAAGUGGGCUAAAAUAUACAGUUAGAAAAAGAACUCUUCAAUAAGUUUCAUAUGUCAGAAAAACACUCCUGUUCACAGGUUAGUCUCUAGGAAACUUUUUUUUUUCUACCCUUUACUUUCUUUUUCUUUUUCAUCCUUUACUUUUUUUUCUUUCUUUGGGGAGGG